AAACCUUAAUCCUCUCGGAAAUCUUGAAGAAUGAAUCUUUACGAGGCACUUUCCUCUCCGUAACCCUAAAACGCGGUGUUCGAUCAAUUUCAAUCUUCUCCACCGCAAUCAUCCGCAAAUUCUCUCUCUUCCUUCGAUCAUAGACAAUGGGUAACACCGAUAAAUUGAUGAACCAGAUCAUGGAGCUCAAAUUCACAUCCAAAAGUCUCCAGCGCCAGGCAAAGAAAUGCGAAAAGGAAGAGAAAACAGAGAAGCUCAAGGUCAAGAAAGCAAUCGAGAAAGGAAACAUGGACGGCGCUCGUAUCUACGCAGAGAACUCCAUUCGCAAGCGCAGCGAGCAGUUGAAUUACCUUCGCCUUUCGUCUCGCCUCGACGCCGUCGUCUCCAGACUCGAUACUCAAGCUAAGAUGAUGACUAUUAGUAAAUCCAUGGGAUCAAUUGUCAAAUCCCUUGAGUCAUCUCUCACCACCGGAAAUUUACAGAAGAUGUCCGAGACCAUGGACAAGUUUGAGCGGCAAUUCGUUAAUAUGGAGGUUCAGGCUGAGUUUAUGGAAAGUUCAAUGGCUGGAAGCACUUCUCUUUCGACUCCAGAGGGCGAGGUGAAUGCCUUAAUGCAACAGGUUGCGGAUGAUUAUGGGCUCGAAGUAUCAGUGGGUCUGCCUCAGCCAGCAGCUCAUGCUGUGCCAAGCAGGACACAGGAGAAAGUAGAGGAAGAUGGCUUGUCAAAGCGCCUUGCUGAGCUUAAGGCCCGUGGCUGAAUCCGGUCGCGAGAAUGAAAACCCCACCCACCCUGUUUAAUAAUCUGCCAUAUUAUUACUUUCCAUGAAAUUUAUAGCAUCAUCUAUUUAACCCUGUUUCUCAUUCCAUGUAGUACUUGAAGCAGAAGAAGAACAUUGAGUAUAUAUAUAUAUAUAUAUGGUAACUGUUUUUUUCU